AUGAUUAAUUUCGUGCUCUUGAUCAGCCGGCAGGGCAAGGUGAGGCUCACCAAGUGGUAUUCUCCGUACACCCAGAAGGAGAGGACCAAGAUUAUUCGCGAACUCAGUGGACUCAUUCUUACACGAGGGCCCAAACUCUGCAACUUUGUUGAGUGGAGAGGUUACAAGGUCAUAUACCGGAGGUAUGCCAGCCUGUAUUUCUGCAUGUGCAUUGAUGCUGAUGACAAUGAGCUUGAAGUCCUUGAAAUCAUCCAUCAUUUCGUUGAGAUACUGGACCGCUAUUUUGGCAGUGUAUGUGAACUGGAUUUGAUAUUCAAUUUCCAUAAGGCCUACUACAUACUGGAUGAGAUUCUCAUCGCUGGUGAACUUCAAGAAUCUAGCAAGAAAAAUGUUGCAAGACUUAUUGCUGCACAGGCAUGCAAUCCUCACAUUUGGCUAACUUAUCUUUUUGUAUUUGCUUGA